AUGCCUGUCACUAUCGCCAUUCCCAAUCGCAAGGUCAGCUCUUGGGAACAACCCAAAGACGAAAACACUUGGAAGAUCCUACAAGGAGCUAGUUCCAAAGAAGCACAAGGCUGUAAGCAAAUCAUCCAAAGCUCAUUCUCCAUCGACGGAUCUCUCGAAGAAAACCAUGUUUCAGCUUCAAGGAACGGUCUCGUCUGGUCGUCCUUCGACGCCUACAGCAAUCACCAUCAUCUCACAAUCCGCCCCGAAGACGUUUGGUUCGCUAUAGUCACCCAAAUCAGCGCUUACAUCAACGCCAACUCUGAGAAAAUGCGCGGUUACUUCGUCAGUCACGACGGCCAGAAAAAGCUUGAGGUUAUCGAAAUCGCGACUCUGCAUACUGCUGAUUAUGGGAGUUUGGCUCAGAGAAUGACCCUCGAGAUCGCAAAGAAUAUCAAGGACCCGGGGCUCCGGGAAUGGGUUCUUCCAUCGUUCUCGACGACUACUGAGAAUGAUCGCAUCGUUGGAUCCGUGCUUCUCAUGGGGGCGCUACAGAAGUACUUCUCUUACGGAAUCAGAUUGUUGUGUGGUAUUCCUUCAGUAACACUCCUCGGAGAAGUAACCGACUACGAAGAAAUUCUCAAACGGGUUGAUAAACUCGAUGAAAUGGGUGAAGAACCAUCGCACUUCGCCAAACUUCUACGACCAAUUCUUCGCAACAUGAUCCUCUCUUUCACUCAACCUUCCGACCCAGCUAUCCAUACAUUCUGGAACCAAAUUGCUGAUAUGCACAGCAUGUCAGGGUCCGACAAGAUGACAGGCUGGAUCACAGCAUUCUGCUACUGGGACGAUGAAGGAAAGGUCCAACCACCCAGUCGAAAAGGAAGCUGCACUCUUGAGGGGCUAUUGUAUCCUUAUGUUAAGACGGAUGAUAUACCAUGUGGAUAUGUCACUGUUCCUGUUGAGGUUGACGAUAAUGGUACUCUGUAUGAUUGCAAGAUGCUAGCUGGAUCUAUUGGCAUACAAGCACUUCCAGGUCUUGAGGGUUAUGUUCCCGCUGGCGAGGGCGAGGAAGAAAGGCAGGAUACAGAUGGGAAGGGGAAUAUGGGGAUCAAACCUGUUACUGGGUGGAUGAUCUAUGAGUUUCAGGAGCCGGAGCCUGAUGAUCUGUAUUACUAA